AAGGUGACACAGCAACAGAGCCAGCCUCAGUCCUCAGUGCUCACAUCCAGAGCGCAGACAGAGAAGACGUUUAUCGACGAGGAUCAGACGAGCUGAAUCAAAAUGACCACGCGGGGUGAGGGGGAGAAAAGAUACGACCCCAGAGACACCACUCUGAAAUUUGUCAACAGACCAGAUGAUCUGGAUCCACUGCCGCCAGAGGAGGGAGACAGGUGUCUCCGAGCAGAGAUGUCCUGCGGCCAUGCCGUCACCCCGGAGUCUCUCACUGGGUGGUGCCGCAGCCUGCUGGAUCAGGGCCAAUACAAGUUUAAGUGUCCCGCUUUAAAGAACGGCACCCUGCAGAAGUGUGACGCAGUGUGGUCUUACCAAGAGGUGCGCAGGCUGGCAGUGCUGACCUCUGAAGAGAUGCAGCACUUUGAAGAGAACAUCGCUCGUCUGGCUGCCAUUGAAUACUGUGAAUUCAAAACAUGUCCUGGGUGCAAAACCUAUGUGGAGAGAGAGGACCUGACAAACCUCAGUGUGCAGUGCACAAUCUGCCAAGCAGACAAGAAGGAGGUGUACCAGUUCUGCUGGCAGUGUCUGAAGCCGUGGAAAGGUAAAGCUCCACGCGCCGACCGCUGCGACAACGACGGCUGCGUCAACCACGACCUCCAGCUUCUCAAGAACUGUAAGGACACCUCUCUCCCUCAGGUGCAGGGGGUUGACAAGUGUCCCUCCAUCCGGGCCUGUCCCACCUGCGGUCAGCGGGUGGAGCACGACAAAACAGGCUGCAAGAACAUCAUCUGCCCUCGCUGUCAGGUUGAGUUCUGCUUUGUGUGUCUGAAGCUCACUCCUGAGUGUCUGAGGACAAGCUCUUACUUCAUCCCCUGCAGCACUGGAGUGGCUCCCAGACAAACCUCCAUACCUGUGUGGCACAGAAACUAAAAGAGAGUAUGCACACAUUCACUACUCAUGAUGUGUACUUACAGCCCCCUCUGUCACACUUUUCCUGUUGAGUUUCACAUCGUAACUGAAGACAACUGUUGACUUAUAGACCUGUUUGUUCAUGUAUAUUAACAGCAUUAAAAUAUCUGUUGUGUUUUCUCAUACACUGUUUUAAAAUUGUCAUUUUAAAUGGUUUCUUCUUUAAUCUCUGCUCAGUGAUAGUUAAGUGAAUCCAUUAAUAAAGUUCCUCAUUACAUGAA